UAUACCAAAAGCGGCUUGAGAACGUGAAAACUGAAAAUUGAAAACGAUUUUUUUCCAAUAAUUGAAAUAGUUUUAAUUAUAUUUAGUAAUAAAAUAAUAAUUGUAAAGCGGCGCAAACGAUGGAAGCUGAGCUCGGACAUAAAUUUGGUCUAUUCCUUACCUUCAGUACAUAAAUAAAAAUUUUAAACGUUUCCCACGAUUUUGUAUUGUAUAGAAUCUGUACAACAAAUAUUUUAGGGCCCUGUUUUAAUGUAUAACUGUUCACUAAUAACUUUGAUAAUUUCUCACCCGUAGUUGUUAAGAAUUUAAGAUGAGUAUUCAAGUAUGUAGGGACAUUUCAGACGCUGUGGCCCUGUAUCUACCUCAGCGUUUGUAUCUAAAAUCGUUUGCAAAGCUAAACAUUUCUGUCCAGCUCCCAUCACACAAGGUGCACGGCAAGUCGAUAUCCAACUGGGAAUUAAUGGAGAAGUUACGGAAAAUGAUCCACCCUGAGAGUUUCUCAAUAUUGAAAGUGUCUAAGCAUAGUUCGGAAGUGAUAAGGUUCGACGCAGAGCUCGAGAAUAGGACGAAGUUGGAACGUGUGUUAGCGCGCUUGGAAGACAGGAUAAUACAGUUGAAUGACUACCCGGACCCAUUGAAGGUAAAAGUCAGCGAAUGCAAGUCUGACUUCCCCAGUCGACACUCCUGGGACUCCUUCUUCCGCGACGCGACCGACAUGGACGAAAUGAAGCCAGGCGAGCGACCUGACACGAUACAUAUAAGAAACUUGCCCAUCCGUUGGUUCAUUCAUGAGAGAGAUAGAGACGAAGAUACAAUGCCUUCGGAGAGUUUAUUUAAAAAAGUGUUCGAUAAAUAUGGUCCAAUAAGACAAGUAGAUGUACCCGCAGCUGAUCCAUUCCGUAUGCAAAUGAAGGCUCCAAUGAGAGGCAUAACUACCCCGCCCCAAGACUUUGCAUUGUACUUUGAAGGGUACAUUCAGUUUAGUGAAUACGCUGGGUUCGUGAGAUGCAUGGAUGCAUUGAGAGGUCGCAAGUUACUCAGACGUGGUGAUGACAUUGCAGAAUGGUGUCCAAUAUAUGUAGACUUUGAUAAAACUAAACACAUGACAGAUGCGUCGGUGAAGAGAAGGUCUAUUGUACGUGAGAGGCUUACGGCUAGACAGAGAGCCAAGGAUGAGGAAGAGAAACAGGAGAAAGAGAAGAUUGCCAAGCGGGAGGCUAGAGAGCGACAAAAAGAAACAGUAAAACGUAUAAUUUUUCAAUCUUUAAGCCAAAAGAUGGAGCACCGAGAACAAGAGAAGAUGGCAAAGAUGAGAGAGAGAGAGCAAAAGAGAAAAAAGAAGCAGCUCGCCAAACUUAUGGAGAGAGAUGAUGUGGAUCUGAAUAGGAAGGUUGCGGAGGAACAGGGCAAGCUGUUGAAGACUCAGAAACGGCUUCAAGCUAUAAGACUGAUAGAAGAACUGUUUAAAAGAAUAGAGGUACGUCCAGAACUACAACGCAAUGGCGUCAAAACGGAGCGCUACUACAAGACAGGGGAUCGGCUCGCGCGCCAGCGGAUCGUAGACAAGUAUAAGCGGCAGCAGGAGAAAGCACUCGAUGAGCAGCAAGAGAGGUUGAGACACGCGCUCGACGGUCGUAUCAUAAUACGCUCAGCACUGGAAACCAAGAAGCCCCAUCGAGAGUCCAUCAGCUCUAUGUCGGAGGACGAGCAGAUACACAAGCGCGUCAAGAGCGAGCGGCCCACCUCGCCAGAAAGGGAUGGGUACAAGCCACCAGGCGCAGGGAUGUUCGGCUACAACCCUUACGGCUUCAACUACGCCUUUCCCGCGCCGCCGCCCUCCUACCCCUUCCCGCAGACGUCCAUGUACUAUCCGGUGCGCGGCGCGUACUACCCGCCGCCUGACGCGUACGCGCGGCGUCCGUUCCGGGGACGUGGACGCGGCCGGGGACGUGGACGCUUGCCAUACUUCGAGGGACCGGACGCAACGCAACAGUACUACCAGUACUUCAAGAAGCUGUCUGAAGCGGAGCAACGCAACGAGCACGACCACCGCUCACGGUCCCGCUCCCGCUCUCGCUCGCGCCGCCGCUCGUACAGCCGCUCGCGCUCCCGCUCCCGCCGCCGCUCGUACAGCCGCUCCCGCUCAAGGAGUCGCCGCUCCAGGAGUCGCAGCCGUCGAUCCAGGUCCCGCAGCAGGCGGUCCAGAUCUCACAGCCACAACUCAAGGUCCCGGCGCAGGUCGCGCUCCCGGAGCAGGCGCUCGAAGUCAAAGUCAAAGUCCAGGUCAAAGUCAAAGUCUAAGCGGCACACCCCCAGCCCGCGGGAGGCGCAGCGGACGAGCGUGGACAGCGCCAAGUUCGUGUCCCCGGGCACCAUGCGCCGGCAGAGGUCGAAGAGCUGGUCGCUACCUAAAGAUGGAGAGCGUAGGAAGUCCUGGUCUAAGAGUCCAGAGAAAAAGAACGAAUAAAGCACUAUAUUUAUCUUUA